GGGGGUGGCCGGCACGAGGAAGAAGGGGCAUGUAGAUCGGCGCCCAGAGCGAGCGGGCAGUGUAGGGAACGGGCAGUGCCAGGCCGAAGGGACAGUGUCGGGCAGGGUCCAGGGCUCCGGGUCUUGGUAUGUGGCGGGGAGGGUGCAGUACCGGAGAAGAGGACCCACGGUGACAUCAUGGCAAGUCCCCAAACUGGACAGACCUGGCUCGGGUGGCGUCCAGCAGGGCUGGGCCGGCUCGGGCCGGCCUGAGCGGGGGGCGGUGCUCAGUGCCAGCUGAAGCUGCGGGGCGCGGCGCCUUGUCCCGCUAGCACGCGGGCGGGGCGGGGGUGUGUGCUUCUGCUCCGCCCGCUCCAGCGCGGACUGUGUCCUCAGCAGGCACGAGGGCCAGCAGGGUAGGGCUAGGGCCGGGCUUCUCUGGGCCAAGGAUCAAGGUCCUUGCCUGGGAUGGGCCCCUAUGCAUUAGUCUUGAGGACCCGACCUCCGAAGAGGGCGCAGCGGAGCCCUAAAGGAGCGCGAAUAACCCUGCCACUUGGGCCAGAGGCGGGACUGUGUACCCGCCCAGGGGCGGUGCCACGGAACCCAAGAACCGCCCUCAAGGCUGAAGCCUCCCGGAGCGGUGACUCGGGGCGGAAGUUAAUACGCCCCGACAGAGAGAGAAACGGAAGUGGAGGCCUGCUGCAAGUUACCGCGCAUGCGCUAGCCCGCGGCCUCGCUGCAGCGCUUGACUGUCUAGGGUACUUUCCCCUCGUUUCUUUUUCUCCUCCGCGCGAGGGGGUACGCGCAUUCCCAGUCUUGGUCGCGCUCUCCGCACCCCAUCAGUUUUCGUGGCCCCCUCACGAUGGCGGGCAUCCUAUUUGAGGAUAUUUUCGAUGUGAAAGACAUUGACCCGGAGGGCAAGAAGUUUGACCGAGUGUCUCGACUCCAUUGUGAGAGUGAAUCGUUCAAAAUGGACCUCAUCUUGGAUGUAAAUAUUCAGAUUUACCCUGUGGACCUGGGUGACAAGUUCCGUUUGGUCAUAGCCAGUACCUUAUAUGAAGAUGGCUCACUGGAUGAUGGUGAAUACAACCCCACAGACGAUCGGCCUUCCAGGGCGGACCAGUUUGAGUAUGUAAUGUACGGGAAAGUGUAUAGGAUCGAAGGCGAUGAGACGUCGACGGAAGCUGCCACACGCCUCUCUGCCUACGUCUCCUACGGGGGCCUGCUCAUGAGGUUGCAAGGCGAUGCCAACAACCUGCAUGGAUUUGAGGUGGAUUCCAGAGUUUACCUGCUGAUGAAGAAGCUGGCCUUCUGAACCACCUGGGACACCAGCCUGGCUGUUCAGUCUCUCAGGCCAUGGACAUUCCUGCCCCAGACUCCUGGCUGACUCGUCCCGCGAGGACAUCGCCGCCCAGGCAACUUCUCAAGCCCGAGAAGCAGUUGCUGCUGCUCCUAUUAAGGAGGGCCUGGCCCUCGGCCCACCAUGGACGCUCCGUUCAGUGGGAUCUGAACUCCCGGGGAACUGGAAGCCUUUGGAGGACCUAGUGGGAAAGCUAACAUGAACUAGCAGAUGUUCUGGGUGUGAUUUGUUCAUUAAACUUUACUUUUCCAGA